CCGACCGGCACGCAUUUCACAGUAAAUUCUACGAAGAGUCUGGCCCUAACCUUCGCAAGUCUCGCAGAGAGAGAAGUCACAAUGGGUAUCAAAAACCUCUUUUCUAUCAUCAAGGAGGAAGCCCCAGAGGCCGUCAAAGAGGGCGAAAUCAAAAAUCAGUUCGGCCGUAAGGUCGCCAUUGAUAGUUCGAUGAGCAUCUACAGCUUCCUGAUCGCCGUGCGAUCUGACGGCCAGCAGCUGAUGAACGAUAGCGGCGAGACAACAUCGCAUUUGAUGGGCAUGUUCUACCGCACCCUUCGCAUGGUUGACAACGGAAUCAAACCGCUCUACGUGUUCGACGGCGCGCCGCCCAAGCUCAAGUCGGGCGAGCUGGCAAGGCGGUUCCAGCGAAAACAAGAGGCGAACGAGGGGCUCGAGGAGGCGAAGGAGACGGGCACGGCCGAGGACGUGGAGAAGUUCUCUCGCCGGACGGUGCGCGUAACAAAGGAGCACAAUGCCGAGUGUCAGCGACUGCUCAAGCUGAUGGGCAUCCCCUACAUUGUCGCGCCCACCGAGGCCGAGGCGCAGUGCGCGGUGCUGGCGCGCGCUGGCAAGGUCUACGCUGCCGCCAGCGAGGACAUGGACACCCUCUGCUUCAACACCCCGAUUCUUCUGCGCCAUCUUACCUUUAGCGAGCAGCGCAAGGAACCGAUCCAGGAAAUCCAUCUCGACAAGGUAUUGGAAGGCCUGAACAUGGAGCGGAAACAGUUUGUCGACCUCUGCAUCCUGCUCGGUUGCGACUACCUCGACCCGAUCCCCAAGGUCGGCCCCUCGACGGCCCUCAAACUGAUCCGGGAACACGGGACGCUCGAAAAGGUGGUCGAGUUCAUGAAGAACGACCCCAAGAAUCGGUACGCGGUGCCCGAGGACUGGCCGUUCGAGGACGCGCGGGACCUCUUCUUCUCGCCCGACGUGCGGCCGGCCGACGACCCGCUGUGCGAUUUCAAGUGGGACAAGCCCGACAUCGAGGGGCUCGUGCAGUUCCUGGUGCACGAGAAGGCCUUCUCGGAGGACCGGGUGCGCGCGGGCGGGGCGCGCCUCGAGAAGAACCUCAAGAGCUCGCAGCAGUCGCGCAUCGAGGGGUUUUUCAAGGUGCUGCCCAAAACGGAAAAGGAAAAAGCGGCGCAUAAGCGCAAGCUAGAGGAGCAGAACGAAGCCAAGAAGAAGAGGAUCAAGGAGGAGAAGAAGGAGAAGGCCAAGCUGAAGGCCAAGCCUCGCGGGACUGCGUAAUGGGAACAACGCUGGUGGUUCAAAGGUCAAUAUUUUUGAGGGAAGAGGGCUUCCUCCUUUUUACGAUGGCAUUUGCAAGAUGCAUCUUGCUUAGGUUUCGCUUUCUCAUAAACGGGCAAAAGGGUUGGCUCGGCGUUGCUGGCGUUCACAGGUCGGGACGACAAGCUGAUGGAGGCUUCGAGCCCGGUUGCUUAGGUGUCACCGGUGAGGCAUCGCUGCCCCGGGCUUCACAGUACAAUAAUUGCACACAACACAAUGCUCCAUGAGUUCCAUUGCG